GAGUGUGUGUAGUUUUCAUCCCUCCCCUGAGCAGAUCUUUAUCAAUUUGGGUACUCCAGUCUUUGGGUGCAUUUGAAUGGGUGUCUGUGUGUGUGUGUAUAUGUGGCAGAGUUUACAGAGGACAGAAUAAAGUGUCUCGGAGCCUGAGGAAAAGGGGAAGAGCUCAGCAUCCAGGAGAGCGUCCAGAUAAAAGGAUUUCUGACUGACAAGACUCUCACUGUGAUUACUUCCAACCAUUUCUCAAGACUUCAAGAUUUUGGCUGGACCGUGUGUGCAGCCUAAAUGACGAAGUGGAACUUGUUCAAGCAUCAGACAACGCCCAUGGUUGCUGCUAAGCCAACGGGGGCCAGUGACUUGAAUGUUACUCCAGCCCCUGUCGCAUUAAUCUCUGCUGAUAACUCCACAGAACCAGUCAACAAGAACGAUGCCUUCGGUGAAAUCAAAAACAAGUUCCUGAAUGAAAUCGACAAGAUCCCACUGCCGUCCUGGGCCAUCAUUGCCAUUGCUGUGGUUGCUGCUUUACUCAUUCUAACCUGCUGCUUCUGCAUCAUCAAGAAAUGCUGUUGCAAGAAGAAGAAGAAUAAGAAGGGCAAGAAGGGAAAGGGUGACAUGGGAAUGAAGAACCUGAAAGGGGGAGAGAAACAACAGGAUGAUGAUGAUGAAGAAGAUGACGUGGAGCCAGGACUAACUGGUGAUGAGAAAGAGGAAGAAGUGAAGGAAAAGGAAAAGCUGGGGAAGCUGCAAUACUCCAUUGAUUAUGACUUCCAGGAGAACAAGCUGACUGUGGGAAUCCUGCAAGCAGCUGACCUCCUCUCCAUGGACAGCGGUGGCACUUCAGACCCUUACGUCAAGGUCUUUGUACUCCCUGAUAAGAAGAAGAAGUUUGACACAAAGGUUCACAAGAAAACCCUUAAUCCUGUCUUCAAUGAGACUUUUACUUUCAAGAUACCAUUCCAAGAGAUGGGAGGGAAGACUCUGGUGAUGUCCGUCUAUGACUUUGAUCGCUUCUCGAAACACGAUGUCAUUGGUGAGAUUAAAAUACCCAUGAACACCCUUGACUUGGCAAAGCCAAUAGAAGAGUGGAGAGACCUGGACAGUGCAGACCAAGAAGAGCCAGAGAAGCUGGGUGACAUUUGCAUCUCCCUGCGUUACGUCCCCACUGCUGGCAAACUCACCAUCUGUAUUCUGGAGGCUAAGAACCUGAAGAAAAUGGACGUGGGUGGACUGUCAGAUCCCUAUGUGAAAAUUAACCUGCUACAGAAUGGAAAGAGACUGAAGAAGAAGAAGACAACAGUGAAGAAGAACACUUUGAAUCCUUACUACAAUGAGUCCUUCAGCUUUGAGAUUCCACUUGAGCAAAUGCAGAAAAUCCAAGCUGUGAUCACAGUACUGGAUUACGACAAGAUUGGCAAGAAUGAUGCCAUCGGGAAAAUCUGGGUAGGAAGCAAGUCCACGGGGGCCGGGCUGAAACACUGGUCCGACAUGCUGGCCAAUCCACGUCGCCCCAUCGCCCAGUGGCAUCCGCUCCAGCCAGAGGAGGAGGUGGAUGCCUCACUGGCAGCCCUGACAGCCAAGAAGUAAACUUCCACCACCUCCACACUUACCUACCCAUCCAUUUCCCAUCUUUUUCCCUUUAUCAGUCCCACAUGUCAGUGUAUAUUCUGGAAGAACACCCCAUCUGCCCCUUCCACCACAUUCCUCUCCCACUGCCACCUUUCAAAAGAUCCAUAGAAAACAUUUGACAUGAUGGGGAAAAAAAAAAAACAAAAAAAAAAAAAACAUCAUGUUCUUUGAAAUCAUGUCACUGAGAGAAGAAGACAAAUUACAGGUUGGACAGAUACUCAGUUAGUUUCCUUUAGAUCUAUUUUUGUAUUGGAGUAGUGGUUCCAUUAAUAAUUAAAACAGAGUAGAUUGUGAAAAAAAGGAUAUGGAAACCUGGUGAUAGAGGGGAUAAAACCUACAUUCACUCAUAUUGUACUUCUCACCCUUUCCCUUUAGUCACACAGUUUGCUUAGAAUAGUGCUUAAUAAUAAAAUGCUUUAUACUGCCAUAUGAUAGAGAAAUAACACAAGCAGGUCCAUUCCGUAGGUGUAUUGUGCACCAUGUCCCACACCUGCCAGUUAUCAUACUAGAUGAUUCUGUUGGUUUGAAGUACAUUCCUAGAGUUGGGUAACAAAGUAGGGAUAAUCACAUAUCCAGUUACCCAAUAACACACUGCCUUUUUGAUUAGUUAACCGUCAGCCCAUCGUCUCAGGAAAACUGAGAGGAAACUAAAACUCCAUGCCUUUUUUUCUAAACGGGUUCUUUUUAUUCAAAUACGCCACUAGAUGUGAAAGAAAUGUUGCAUUAUAAGGCUUAUGGUUAGCAUUAGUGCAUCCAUUAAAUGGUGUCAGGGGCGAGGAAAGGAAUAUUGUAUCUUAAAGAGGGAAAAAAAGGAUAUUUGUAUUUUAAAUUCUGCAAAAAAAAAGAGGAAAAAAAAGGUCCGUCUGUCAUCUGAACACCAAAAAAAGCAUGGAAACAUCAGAGCGAUUUAACAGACUGAUUCCAACCACCACUGACAUGAUAUUUACAAGGUGUCGAUUACUGCCUGCAGUCUCCCACCUCCCCUCCCAACGCCUCUGAUUCUGUAUCUCACUUGUUCAGUGCUACUGCCAUUAGUCAUGGACUUGACAUAAGGGUUUUACUUCAAAGGAAUCCCUAUAACUGUCUUACAGUCAUAAAGGAGACAAGCCUUCCAAACAACAAAAUAAGCAAUUUUCAACUACCAGGGACGCCUUCCAGUUAGCGGUGUUGUUCUCUUCAUUUCUCUUCUUCUUCUGUUUUUAUUAUUUAUUUAUUUAUUUAACUUCAAACUUAUAUUCCUUAAGCACUUU